GAGUGAUAAUGAACCCUAUAGUUGAGAAUGAGCAUUCCAACAACAGUGCUAGUGCUACCAUUCCCUGCACAAGGACAUGUGAAUCCGAUGAUGAUCCUCUCACAGAAGCUGGUGGAGAAUGGAUGCAAAGUGGUUUUCUUGAACACAGAGUUCAACCACAAGAGAAUGGUGAGUUGCAUGGUGGAGCAACAAGAUGAAGAAGACUCACUCAUAAAGUUGGUGUCGAUCCCAGACGGAUUGGGAGGUGAUGAUCACAGAAAGGAUUUGGCAAAGGUGUGUGAUGUUAUUCUAAGCACCAUGCCUCAUGCACUUGAGAACCUCAUCACACAGGAAAAUAUCAGAUUCAUUGUUGCAGAUGUAAACAUGGGUUGGUCAUUGAAAGUUGGGUGCAGACUGGGAAUCAAAGGAGCUCUAUUCUCCCCUGCAUCAGCAGCAAUGUUUGCCUUAGUUUACAACAUUCCCAGACUUAUUCAUGAUGGCAUCAUAAAUUCUGAUGGGUCAUUGUUGACAACUAAAAAGACAAUUCAACUAUCACCAGGCAUGUUAGAGAUAGACACAGGAACCCUUUUCUGGUUGAAAUUGUUGGAUGACGGAAUGAACAUUAAACAAAUAUUGAAUUACUUGGAGGCUUGUGCAAGAUCUUCAGAUUUGACUGAACUAUGGUUUUGUAACACCACAUAUGAACUUGAACCUAGGGUUUUAACCUUCUUUCCCAAGAUCCUCCCAAUUGGCCCAUUGUUGAGAAAUUACAGCAACAUGAAUGCAUCAUCAUCAACAAGAUCAAUGGGACAACUUUGGGAAGAAGAUCUCUCUUGCAUGAGUUGGCUUGAUCAACAACCUCGUUCUUCUGUCAUAUAUGUUGCAUUUGGUAGUCACACACGUUUUGACCAAAACCAGUUCAAUGAACUUGCCCUAGGGCUAGACCUCACCGAUCGACCCUUUCUUUGGGUUGUGAGACAAGACAACAACAUGGCAUACCCUAAUGAAUUCCAAGGGAAUAAAGGUAAGAUAGUUCAAUGGGCACCCCAACAAAAGGUGCUAAACCACUCUGCCAUAGCUUCCUUUUUUAGCCAUUGUGGUUGGAACUCAACCAUGGAGGGUUUGUGUAAUGGGGUACCCUUCUUGUGUUGGCCAUAUUUUGCUGACCAACUCUAUAACAAAGUAUAUAUCUGUGAUGAAUUGAAGGUUGGGAUGGGAUUGGAUUUGGGUGAAAAUGGAGUUGUGUCACGGUGGGAGAUUAAGAAGAAAUUGGACCAACUACUAAGUGAUGUGAACAUGAGAACAAGGUCUUUGAAGUUUAAGGAAAACCAAUUAGACAAAGGUCGAUCUUCGGAGAACCUUAACAAAUUGGUCGAGUGGAUCAAAGGGUAGGGGUUUUUUUCCUUUUAUGUGUGUGUUUUGGAUCAACUUGUGAUGAACAUGGAUGCAAUUUGGAAGUAAUAAUAUAAAGCUUUCAUCUUUAUUGUAUUGGUUAGAUGGGAAAAUUGUCAAUUGGAUGGAAAUUUGAUGUUUA